UUUUUUUUUUAUUUAAUAAUAAUGGCUCUGGCAGCCCAUAAUGAAACUAAUGACUAUUUCUUACACAAACCAAUUCUUGAUCAUGCUAAUCAACAUGUCAUUGAAUUGUUAGAAGCAUCUUACGAGAAAUCUUGUCCUCAACCCAUCAAGAAUAUCGAUAACAAAUUACCCCCAAUACCACCACAACGAUCCUUAACAACCUUACAAGAUACCAGAAAAAUAACAAACCCUACAGUCCUUACUCGAAACUCUACUAUUAUUCAACCAAAUAUGGAACUCAGUCAAGACCUUUCUAAAGAGCUUGCAGUGCGACAAAAGGCCUUUAAACGUCUUUCUCGACGACUUACAAAGUUCGAAGAUGAUGAUGAUAAGGUCUUAUUUGGCACACGUAUUUCAGAAGGGCAUCAAAAUUAUGUUUUAAUGUACAAUAUGUUGACAGGUAUACGUAUUGCAGUUGGACGAGUAUCUGCAAAACCUGAUAGGCCUUUAGUGGAUGAAGAUUUUUUAGCAGCACAUAAAUUAGCUUUUGAUGUAACGGGUGAUGAACUAACACCUGGAGCAAAAUAUGAUUUCAAGUUUAAGGAUUAUGCACCUUGGGUUUUCCGUGCCUUGAGAGAAAGAUUUGGAAUUGAUCCUGCUGAUUAUUUGAUUUCGUUAACAAGCAAAUAUAUUUUAUCAGAACUUGCUUCAGCUGGUAAAAGUGGAAGUUUUUUUUACUAUUCAAGAGAUUAUCGAUUUAUUAUCAAAACAAUACAUCAUACAGAACAUAAAUUUAUGAGAAAGAUACUUAAGCAAUAUCACGAUCAUGUAUGUUCAAAUCCUGAUACCUUGCUUUGUCGCUACUAUGGCCUUCAUCGUGUAAAGCUCCCUCAUGGCCGUAAAAUUCAUUUUGUAGUCAUGGGCAACGUUUUACCACCCAAUAAAGAUAUUCAUGCAACUUACGACCUUAAAGGUUCUACUCAAGGUCGUUUCUUACCCGAACAAGAACUCAAAAAGAACCCUUAUGCGGUUCUUAAGGACCUCAAUUGGCAACAACGUAAUAUGAAGUUACAACUAGGUCCUCGAAAACGUAAGCUUUUUGUGACUCAGUUGUUACGUGAUGUCAAACUGUUAGUUCGUCUAAAUAUUAUGGAUUAUAGUCUGAUGGUUGGAAUUCAUGAUAUGUUACGAGGAAAUAAAGAUAAUGUUCGAAAUUCAAUCUUACAAACAUUCCAACCUGAUACUAAACUAGCUGAACGUCGUGCAUCAAUGAUGAAACGUCGUGAAAGUAAAGCAAUGGCAUAUCGUAAAGUGAUUAUGGAAGCUAAUCCUGAUCGAUUGAAUGCAGCAGAAUUACCAGAUACACCCUCUGAAGAACGUCGCAAUUGUAUAUUUUAUUCAAAUGAUGGUGGAUUUCAAGCGACUGAUGAAAAGGAUCGACCUAGUCCUUCAUUGUAUUUUAUAGGUAUCAUCGAUAUCUUGACACCUUACGAUCUCAAGAAGAAAUCUGAACAUUUCUUUAAAUCAAUGACACAAGAUAAACAUAAAAUUUCUGCAGUUAAGCCCAAAACAUAUGGUAAUCGAUUCAUGGGAUUUAUUGCCACAAAAGCUUUGGAGCAUAAUGAAGAUAUACCACAUGAAUAUCAAAUAGAUACUUGAAAAUAAAAAAAUAAAGUUGUUAAUUAUUUUAUUAAACACGAGGGAAUACACAUAUUAA